AAGAACCCGCCAGACAUGAAACGCGAGGAUAUUUUUGUGUUCCCGCCUGUUUUUGCGAACGGGCUCUUUGCGCAGGCGCGUGUGGGCCGGGCUGCUCUCUCGGGCGGAACGUCCAGCUGCGUCCGUAGGUUCCCCCCGGAGGGCGGAAGUUCCCCCCGCGCAAAGCAGGCAGCUGUUAUGCUGAGACUUCGGCUUUUGACCUGGGAUGUCACAAACACCCUGCUUCAUCUCCGAGUCCCCGUGGGGCAGAGUUAUUCCGCUGAGGCCCAGGCCUUUGGCCUCCAGGUCCCUGCUGAGGUGCUCAACCACUCCUUUUCCCAAGCUCAUGCAUCCCAGAGCCAGCGUUUCCCCAACUAUGGCUGGGGCCAGGGCCUCAGCUCCAAGCAGUGGUGGCUUGGGGUUGUCUUCGAGACCUUCCGGCUUGCCGGAAUUCAUGACAGUGGUGUUCUCUGGCCCAUUGCUGAAAAACUCUACCGGGAUUAUAGCAGCCCAAAGAACUGGGAACUAAUCCCAGGUGCCAUUGAGAUACUCCAGUGGUGCCAGCAACGUGGUAUCCGCAUGGCAGUGGUCUCCAACUCUGACUGGAGGGUACAAGAGAUUCUGAGCCGGUGCAACCUCCGACAAUAUUUUCAGUUUGUCUUAACCUCGGAAGAAGUGGGGUUUGCCAAGCCAGACCGGAGGAUUUUUCUGGAAGCCCUCCACAGUGCCAAGGUGGAGCCCCAGCUGGCUGCUCACAUAGGGGACCAUUAUGUGAAUGACUAUUUGGCUGCAAGAAAGACUGGACUGCACAGCUUCCUGUUUAAAAUGGCUGGGGAGCCAAUUGAGAGCGACAUAGAGGUACCAGAAAACCAUCUUCUGUCUUCACUUUUAGAUCUGCAGGCUCGGAUAGAGAAAGGCUAAAAGUAAGUGGCUGGAUUUCAGCAGCUGUAUCUAGGAGAGGAAAUUUUAACAAAUCGUAACAUUAACUGCUGUUUAGAAGGCCAGAUCCUGAAGUUGAAGCUCAAGUACUCUAGCCACCUAAUGAGAAGGAAGGACUCACUGGAGAAGAGCCUGAUUCUGGGAAAGAUGGAGGGAAAGAGAAGAAGGGGAUGA